UAUGUAGCUCAUCUCUGUACAUGUCAUGUAGUCUAUGACGUCCAGCAAUACAUCUGUCUUCCGUGUCCGCGUCAGCGUCGAGAGAGAAACCAUUCAAAGCUGUACUGCUCAUCAAUUGUGAUGUCAUUUCCGCGGACACAUUUGCUAACGCUUUGCGCGCUUCUCUCUGCAGCGUUCGAAGUAUGCAUUGCCCGAUUAUACGGCGGCGGCCCCCCACUCCACCUCUCGCCCGACCUCAUACCCAACCCCUCCCAACCGCUCACCCCCGCCUUCACCCUUUCCUCCAACCCACCAUCCUCAUCCUCACCAUCCCCGACCCCCGCGAACCACCAGCCCGCCACCCCGCGCUUCCUUCUCUCCCUGGUGGCGACCGCAUCCUUCCUCGGCAUGCCCGCCGCGGUCGCGCACGCGCUCCAACUCGUCCUCGCGAGCGUCGGCCCGCACACCGCCGUGCGCUACCUGAACUUCGCGAUCGGGAAGGGCAUCGGCGCGCCGGACGACCCGGGUGCGGGGACGGGCGGGGGCGGGGACGGGGCGGCGGUGGGGCUCGAGAGCGUCGCGGAGGUCGUCGUCGACGAGGAGGACGAGCCACCCUCGCCGUCCAAGCCAGGCCCAGGAGAGACUCAGACAGCGCUGGAGCAGCGCGAGAAGGACACGGAGACGAUCACCGCCAAGCUCUCCGCGCUCUCCACCGCGCACGCCGGGGCCGAGGUCGAGGUCGAGACGCCCCUGCCCUCGCCGUCGAUCAAGAAGGAAGCGCCGUCGUCGCCCCGCUCGGACACGUCCUCCAUGGACGUGGACCUCGGCACGCGCGCGUCGUCCGCCGCGCCGACGGCCGAGCCCGCGGCGCGCCUCGAGCCGCAUUAUUACUAUGGCACGGUGAACGACAAGGUCGGCGAGGCUGCGGCGUGCUGGCUCGCGAGGUGGGGCGCGGACGUGCUGGCGUGCGAGGUGGAGGUGCUUGGCGGGAGCAGAGGGGAGAGGGAAAUGGAGAGGGAGCCGGUGGUGAGGUGGCAGGCUGCUGGUGAGGAGGGCAGGGAGAAGGGGAGGAAGCGGGGAUUGACGGCGCCGUCGCGGUUCGCGCCGCCAGAGGGCGUUGGGAAGGGGAAGGAGCGCGCGGGUGCUGGGAUGUCGGUGGAGGGCGGCGCGGAGGAGGCGGGCGUGGAACGUGCGGUACCCGUGGUGUGGCGGCGUGGAGGCUUGAGUGCGCGGUGGGCGCGCGGGUUGCUGUCGAGCGACGCGUUGUUCGUCAAGGGAGAGAGGGAACGAUAUGAUAUGGCAAAGGCGGUGGUGGAGAUGAGGAGGGGCGUGCCGCCGGAGGAAAGAGAGGAGGUGGAGGAGGAAGAGAUGGAGUGGGAGGAGCUGUUCCGCACGGGGAUUUACUACGAGAACAUGAGCCUCGACGACAUGAUGGCAAUCUCGAAGGACGUAUCCCCGAGUACGGGUCAGUCAUACGUGCCCCUCUCCGUGCUGCAAUCCGCACACUGGAACCAAGACGUCCUUCGACAUCGUAUCACGUCACGUCCACGCGGCGGAGGCUCGUCACCAUCAUCCCCGCCCCUCUCACCGUCCGCGCGCGACAAGGAGCUCGGGCUCGGCGUGUCCGGCGCCGGCCUACAGAAGGAAACGGAGGGGGGCGCGUGGUACCCCGUGCCCGGCGACUCGUCAGUGCGGAUCGGGGACAGCACCGGCGUAGAGGGUGCCAAUACGGAGCAGCAACUGCUCGAGCUCGUCUCCCCGCCGACUCUCGACAAGGGCAAGAAAUCUACGCGAACGUGCGAGGAGAACUUCUUCGGCCUGCAGCAGCAGCGUUUCUCGGCGGCGGCGGCGUCCGCACUCGGCGACGGCCAGAGCAGGUACACGCCACACCCGCCGUUCAGGUUCGGCGUCGAGUUCUGGGACGUGGACACGCUGAAGGAGAAGAGCCGCUUGCAUAGUCACACGGUGUGGUAUGCGGGGAGCCUGUACAACGUGUACGUGCAGGUCGUGCGCAAGAAGGGCGUGCAGCUGGGUGUGUACCUCCACAGGCAGAGCUCGGUGGACCCGCUGCCGCCGUGCUCUGCGCCUGCGAUACCUGCUCCGACGAGCUCCACUGUAGGGAGGACACCAGCCCAAUUGGCUGCGCAUUCGGGACGACCGGCAAGCUCGAGCGUGAGUGGCAGCGUCGUCUCGUCGCCGAGGCCGAACUCGAUGCACUCUUCGGUGCAGGGCUACUCGUCAUCUGGCUUGCCGAUCCUCCCCCUGUCACGAAGCACCACGCCCGUGUCGACGCCCGCCUCUCCUGGUCUCGCGUCGUCACUCCCCUCGAGCAGUAGCAGCAGCACCCUCGCGUCUGCGCCUGCGCAGCCACUCACGCUCCCCGCUACGGCUCACGCCUCGGCGCCCCAGCAGCCGUACCGGGACCCGCGCCCAGCGGUGAGCGCGUACUUCGCCAUCGCGUGUGCGAGUGCGACGGGCGCGAGCCUGACGAAGUUCACGAGCGCGCCGGACGUCUUCAGCAUAAGCCAGAGCUGGGGCUGGAAGAGCAGCAGCCUGCGGACGGACGAGUACCUCGAGGUCGGCAGGGAUGGGAUGCCGCGGAGCGCGGCGAGCACGCCUGCGCGGAAGGAGGUGAGCUUGCGGGCGACUGUUGUGCUCGGUGUGGUGUAGUCGGUGUGGUGUUUGGUUGAUUAUCUGUAGGUUCGACGCUGAUGGAGGAAGAAUAUAUAUACGUAUGCUACCACGAUGAAACAGUACUACUUGCUUUACUAUCCCCUCUUAUUCCCUACUGCUUUCGUGCUUUGCCGUACUACGUACCAUACACAUCGUGUCUUUGUACUUCCGUUCCAGCGUAUAUUGUACUUAGCCCGAACUACAUAAUCCAACCGCCGGAGUGAUCGGUUUCCUCGCACUGAUCGAGCGCUGGCGCCU